GGGGGAGUUUCACAAUGAAACUGACUCUUGAUGCUUACUUAUCCCAGACUGAUGAGGACAUCCACGCUUGGGGGAACAGCCACUGCUCUGGGAGUCCGGCGCCAGGCUGUUUCUGAAGCCAAGCGUGGAAGAAUGGGGUUCCUUUGGACGGGCACUUGGAUCCUGGUGUUGGUGCUCCAAAGCAGCCCAAUUCAAGCUUUUCCCAAGCCGGGAGGCAGUCAAGAAAAACCCCUACAUAAUAGAGAAUUAAGUGCAGAAAGACCUUUGAAUGAACAGAUUGCUGAAGCAGAAGCAGACAAGAUUAAAAAAACAUACCCUCCAGAAAACAAGCCAGGUGAAAGCAAUUAUUCCUUUGUUGAUAACUUGAACCUGCUAAAAGCAAUAACAGAAAAGGAAAAAACUGAGAAAGAAAGACAAUCCAUUAGAAGCUCCCCAUAUGAUAAUAAAUUAAAUGUGGAAGACGCUGAUUCAACCAAGAAUCGAAGACUGAUUGAUGAUUAUGAUUCUACUAAGAGUGGACUGAAUCAUAAAUUUCAAGAUGAUCCAGACGGCCUUCAUCAACUAGAUGGAACUCCUUUAACUGCUGAAGACAUCGUCCAGAAAAUUGCUACCAGGAUUUAUGAAGAAAAUGACAGAGGAGUAUUUGAUAAGAUUGUUUCUAAACUACUGAAUCUUGGCCUCAUCACAGAAAGCCAGGCACACACACUAGAAGAUGAAGUAGCAGAGGUUUUACAGAAAUUGAUCUCAAAGGAAGCCAACACUUAUGAGGAGGAACCCAAUAAACCGACAAGCGUGACUGAAAGUCAGGCUGGAAAAAUACCAGAGAAAGUGACAAUGGAGACUCCAAUGGCAACAAUUCAAGAUGGUUUUACUAAUGGACAAAAUGAUGAAACAGUAUCUAAUACCUUAACCUUGACAAAUGGCUUGGAAAGGAGAACUAAAAUCUACAAUGAAGACAACUUUGAGGAACUCCAAUAUUUCCCAAACUUCUAUGCACUACUGAAAAGUAUUGAUUCAGAAAAAGAGGCAAAAGAGAAAGAAACACUGAUUACUAUCAUGAAGACAUUGAUUGACUUUGUGAAGAUGAUGGUAAAGUAUGGCACAAUAUCUCCAGAAGAAGGUGUUUCCUAUCUUGAAAACUUGGAUGAAACUAUUGCUCUUCAGACCAAGAACAAGCUAGAAAAAAAUGUUACUGACAAUAAAAGCAAACUUUUCCCAGCACCAUCAGAAAAGAGUCAUGAAGAAACAGAUAGCACCAAGGAAGAAGCAGCUAAGAUGGAAAAAGAAUAUGGAACAUUGAAAGAUUCCACGAAAGAUGAUAACCCAAGAGGAAAGACAGAUGAGCCAAAAGGGAAAACAGAAGCCUAUUUGGAAGCCAUAAGAAAAAAUAUUGAAUGGUUGAAGAAACACAACAAAAAAGGAAAUAAAGAAGAUUAUGACCUUUCAAAGAUGAGGGACUUCAUCAACCAACAAGCUGAUGCUUAUGUGGAGAAAGGCAUCCUUGAUGAAGAAGAAGCCGAUGCCAUCAAGCGUAUCUACAGCAGCCUGUAGAAGUGGCAGAAGAUCUGGGAGUCUUUAGACUGUCCCAGCAAACAUAGCUUAAAACACUUCUAAUUCUGUCAUUAAAGUUAUUUGACCCAAGGAUUAUUAGAAAGUGGUGAAAUUGCAGUAGUUAACCUUUUAGAAGUGGUUCAACAUAGCUUUCUUGCCAUAAAAACUGUCUGAAAAGUAAAGUUGUAUGUAAGCUGCGAUUUUGUAUAUAGAAUCCUCAUUUCCUUAUAGAUUUACAUUUUAUAAUCAGAGAUAUGUGGCUUCGGAAAGCCUGUCAUGGACAGAACUUAAAAUUGAAGCUUCUUCCCGCUGUGUCACACCCACAGGCACCCCCCGCAAAGAAUUAGGGGGUUCUGUUUUUAAGGCGUGCUGGGUACCAAAGCACCUCCUAGACUCUGUCUGUUACAAGAUGUCAUUUCCAGUUCCCUUCUGGGAGUUAAAAUAAAUUAACAUUACCUCCAA